CUGACUAGUGGACGACUUAAGUGCCCCGCUACAUAGAACAGACCGCGUCGUCGCAACCCUGCUCAAUGCUGCCUAGCCUCCCUGUUGGUUGGGGAUUCAAGUUUUUCUUUCCAAUUCGGUCUGCUACUGUUUAUUUGCGGAUUUUCCAGUGAGACUUCGAUUUGUGUUUUGUUCGACUCGCAAGCCCCAACGAACCGCUGUUCGGUGGAAAGCCAGCGCCAGGAGAGCUUUCAGUUCGCGGUCGGCCGUUCAGCAGUUUGGCAGUGCGCGAGUGAAACGGGAAAAGCAUUGAAUGGAACCGUUGUGGGUCGUCGUCGGUUCAUUCACACGUGCCUUACUAAUAGAUAAGGAUCCUUGAUAGAGUGAGAGCAUUUUAGCCUUUCCGACGGUAUGAGCAGUUGGCGAUAAAACCUAGACCGCAAAAGUGUGAAACGUAGCGAUCCUACGAAAACGACAUCGGCGACCGCCAACCAGGUGAGGAGUGUACCAUUUCCGGUCGUUUAAAACGUAAAGGAAAAGUGUUGAAAGAACCACAAAGCAAAGAAAAGCGAUCCAAAAUAUUUACGCAAUGAACGAACUCCGGCACCGGUGGGUAAUCAACGGCGGAAGGAAACUACUUCCAGUGAAUUGAUUCCCAGAGUGUGUGUGUAUGGGCACGCGUGUGGGAGAGGCGUGAGUUUGAACGUGGACGGAAAACUAGGCCCGCGUCCGAGAGGGCGGGAAUAAAUAAUAGUUCGACAUAAUCCGUCUGAUAAUUAAUCAACCCAACUAUGCGAUGAUUAUACGCGCCAGUGCGACGAUUAGGACCACCUUGACCACCAGCACAACCGUAACGGUCGACGACGACAACGACACCUACACUUCCGAAUCCCGGGAGAUUUCCGCUGUCGGCGACAUCUCCGCCCCAACCACCACCGUCGGCUCUAGCACCCUGUACUGGAAAACGGUUGUAAGCAUUGCAGCAGCAUGGUCUCUGUCACGCGGAAUGCGAAGGUUAUUUUUGGAGGAGCGGUACUGCUUAUUUUGGGCUUCCUGAAAGAAGUGAUAGCUGCAAAAAACUACACAUUAAAACCGAGGGUGGUUUUACCCGAUGACUACGUCAAAGAGGUAAGACCACCCUCGAAAAAAGGCACCCCCGUAGUGGUAGAAUUCAGCAUAUUCGUCGUCGACAUCAACUCGAUCAACGUGGAGGACAUGGAUUUCAGAGUAGAUAUGUUCGUGCACCAGAAGUGGGUCGAGUCGCGGCUGGACUUGCAUGACGACAUCUUCGAGGAUGGCGACGAUCACGUUAUACUUCCGCCCGAGUUUUUCGACAACCUCUGGCAGCCGGAUCCGUACUUUCUGAACUCGAAAAUAUCAGAAAUUGCGACCCUCACGCACAAGUUCUCCUCGGUGACGCUGUACAAAAACUCAACCGUACGGUACGCCUGCAUGAUGCACGCCAUUAUUGCCUGCCAGAUGGAGUUCCAGCUGUACCCGAUGGACAUCCAGAUCUGUCCGAUCUACAUCGAGAGCUUCUCCUAUCACAAUCAGAAAAUCCGCCUCAAAUGGGCCGACAACGGGGUCACCAUCAACCCGGAGCUCAAGCUGCUGCAGUACAACCUGGGGCAGCCGCUGCAGCUGGAGGAGAGUGACGGCUACAUGCCGGAGAAAUACGGAAACUUCUCCCGACUGGCGGUGUAUUUCCGUUUCGAGCGGCAGAUUGGCCAUCACCUGAUCCAAACAUUCGCCCCAUCGACGUUGGUGGUGAUGCUAUCGUGGUUCAGUUUUUGGCUGGGUCUCGAUGCCAUUCCGGGCCGGGUAACGCUACUGGUGACGUGCAUGCUGACACUCGUGACGAUGUUCACCGGAAUGAGAGCGGAUAUUCCUCCGGUGGCGUAUGUGAAGGCACUGGACCUAUGGAUGGCGGGUUGCAUGAUGUUUGUGUUUUCAGCACUGGCUGAGUUCGUGGUUGUCAAAGUGCUGGACGUGCAAUACCAGUACCAGGUGAACAAGGUACCGAAAGUACUUCCAAUGCGAAUCAGUGCCAUGGAGAAGGGUCAAUGCACCACGGUGGCCAACUGGGAGGGUGGAACGGUCAACGUUCGAACGCGAAAGCCAACCCAAACACCAACUACACCCGGUCAGACGUCGCUGCAGGGCAACGGAGGCCCGCAACCGCCGCCUGCCAAACAGCCAACGCGACGGCAAAGCAUUCUGUCGGUGGCGUGGACCGACACGGACACCGGCAUCGAAAAGAUUAUGUGGCGUGAGAUUGACAAAAUGUCGCGUGUGAUAUUUCCGGGCUUGUUUCUCGUGUUCGUCAUACUGUACUGGCCGAUACUGAUUUUCAAGACGUCCUGAUCGACGAUGGAGCUGUAAAAACCUGCGUUGCAAACAAUUCUUAUCUAGAGUUACCCUUGCCCGAUGCAAUUUCACCCGCGCCCCUGUAUGCUUAUUACUUUAACAAAUCUUUCUAUAUGACUAUAAUCAAUACUAAUUUACUAUUUAUUCAACGACUCAUAGCGAAGAUAAGCUUAGCUAGUUUUCAUUUUCGAAGACGAACGAUGUAUCUUACAGAGA